GACCCUACACAAACACAACCAAUGCAAUUGCAGGCCAUGUCCACAACCAUGGCAUCUUUUUCUCCUCCAUCACGCUUCACAGCCACACCUUCUUCCUCUUCUUCUUCUUCCUCACAACACUCCAUACCCCAUCUUCUCAAUGCCUUCCUCCCUCUCCGGCCCAGGCCCAGGCCCAAGAACACUCCUUUGUUGCUCUUCUCUCCCUUGAAGGCUGCUUCUGACAAUGGGGUUGGAACUGCAGUGGAACUACCGCCGCCGACGGAGCAGCAGGCUGUGCCGGAGCCUCCUCCACCGGCGGCGGUAGGGACAAAUGGGUCCGUUGGUGGUGCGGUGGCUGAGGAAGUGAAGUCUGUUGUGAGUGGUUUUGUAGACCCCAGAUGGGUUGGAGGGACGUGGGACUUGAAGCAGUUUCAGAAAAAUGGCAAUACCGAUUGGGAUGCUGUUAUCGAUGCUGAGGCUAGGAGGAGAAAAUGGCUUGAGGAUAAUCCAGAAUCAUCCAACAACGAGAAUCCUGUAGUUUUCGACACCUCCAUCAUACCUUGGUGGGCAUGGAUGAAAAGGUUCCAUCUCCCUGAAGCUGAAUUACUCAAUGGUCGUGCUGCAAUGGUAGGAUUCUUUAUGGCCUAUCUGGUUGAUAGUUUGACAGGAGUGGGUCUAGUUGAUCAAAUGAACAACUUCGUUUGCAAAACUCUUCUGUUUGUAGCAGUGGUGGGAGUUCUUCUGAUCCGAAAGAACGAGGAUGUCGAAACUCUUAAGAAGCUUUGGGAGGAGACAACAUUUUAUGACAAACAAUGGCAAGCAACUUGGCAGGAGGAUGAGAACUCAAGCACUUCCAAAAAAGAGUAGUUGAAUUAAUGUUUCCUAGUUCUUCCUACCCUCAUCUGUCUCUUAAUAUAUUGCUCUAUAGAGACUAGUCAAAAACAAUGGCAGGAAUAUGAAUUUGACAUUGUAUUAAAUUCUAACUCUCAUAUUAGUGCAGAAGAAUUACCCAUAUAGAUUUUGUACGUUCGGAAUGCAAGAAUUUUUUGUUGUGUC